GGUUCCUGUGAGGAGGAAACCAGGUGAUACCCCAACAGUUUGUGAAGUUAAAAAUGGCACCACAGCAUGGUCACAUGUUCCUGGUGAUAAUGAUGACGAUGGCGGCCCACCUUCCACUGCCAUGCGUCUCUACGUGUACGCUCUGCACGGCUGUCUCUGUGAGGUGGUUUUCACUGCUCUAUUGGACAGUCUCAAAUCGGGGGACGUGAGGCUGGGGGGCCACAGCAGCCUCUGGGCGCUGCCCAUGUAUGCCUCUGCCAUCUUUGUGAUUGAGCGUCUUAGGCUCCGCCUCCUGGAGCGAUCGCUGAGCGUCCGUCUCACCGCCUACACCCUGUUCAUCUAUUUGUGGGAGUUCAGCUGGGGCACUGGUCUCAGCCUGCUGGGGGCGUGUCCCUGGGAUUACUCAGGUUAUACGUAUAACCUGCGAGGACUGGUGACUCUGGAGUACGCCGUGUUCUGGGCAGUGGCGGCAUUUAUCGCAGAGAGUCAUGUGAUCAGGAACACACUGAGGAUGAGACUGAAAAACUGA